UGAGCAGUGUAGCUGUUUUGAGUGUAGAAGCUGCAACAGGUGGGAACGUAAAUUUUGUUUUGGAAUUGGUGUUAUUUUACUGCGUAAUUUAGUUUGAAAACCAAAUCUGGUUCAGGUCAAGUUCGGGUGCCCAAUUAAGGCGUCCUCGUCAUCAGCUGAUGGCUAAGUGCAACAGGACGCUAAAAUACAACAUGAGUAAGAGGACGUCAUGUGCUGCCGCAGCCUGCAACGAGGAAAACGAUGUUACCAAGCCAUGUGAACUGUUCCACAAAAUAGCCUCUUCUCAUUCCAGGAUGCCAAAACAUUUCCUAUAGUCCCAGAACUUGUGAAGGUCGCUGUGAACUGAGCAAAAUGAAUGGGCAGCCGUACUUCUACCUGACCAUCUCUACACUCUUCGGCAGAGAAGGAUUCCUUGGGGUAAAAGGAACAGAUGACUGUUGGAAGUUCAAAGUGGGCAACACGUCAGACCAUGAGAAACACGUAAUAAUGGAUUUGACCUUCUUCCCUGAAACAUCUCUAAAAAAUGUACGGAUUUAUCGAGAUGGUGGGCGGUGCGAUUAUCUGUACAGUAGAUCUUUCCUACGGGAGCCAUCAGACACGAGACACGCAGACGCACCUACCCAAUGGCAGCGUAUACAUCAGCCAUGGCCGAGGAGUCCGACCCUUCAGAAAGUAUUGCUGCUGUAUUCCAGGGACUGCCCACAGUUCUGUGAGGUCGCUCGGGCGCUGGGACAACUGCUCCAGAGUUUCGGGAACUUGAAGGUGCUGGAUCCACUGCAGCAAAAUGAAAUGGAGCAAGUGUCAGAGAAUAUUUCGGGCUGGCUGACGCAACAUUUGCAGAGUCCAGACGUGAAGCUGGUAAUUGUGGUCUCUGAGGGGGCCAUGGUAAGGCAGAAUGCCCUGCUGAACAACCAACUUGUUCACAAUGAUGAGCCCCACUUUCUGGACCCUGUGUUCACACUGGCACUACAGCAGAUGCAUGAGAGACCGCAGCUGGGAAACGAUUACAAGAGGAUAUUUCCUGUCAGGUUUGAAGACUUCACGCCAAGCGAGGUUUCUUUAUCUCUGAUCGUUCCACUGAAGUGCUAUGUUCUGCAGAGACAUCUGGGAAAACUCAUAGCGGAGCUUGGACAAUGCAACUCAGCAGCAGAAGCUGGUUAUGAAGACAUCCGACGCAUAUGCCCACAGGAAGUGAGCCAGCUGGAAUCGGCCAUAAGAGACAUGAAGUCAUAUUGUGAUGACAAUCCACACUACCUUAAGGAUCAUUUCUCGGUGGUUUCCCGUUAAAUUAAAUGAGACAAGAAUAUGUGUGCAAGAUAGAACCUAUGAGCAUGAUUCUCAGCUACAAACUCUGUUCUUGGAGUUCACAGAUCAGGAAUCAUUUCAUAAAAUACAACUUCUGUGACUGUUGCAAUCUGUUUGGACACAAAGUUGAGUGAAACGUCUGCAAUAAAAUUGAGCUGUAAAUUAGGCUGAUUCUUAUGUGUGAUGAGAGUUGAAGAAGGCGGUGAGUUCCAGGCUCCUCCAUUUUUCCACUUUAAAAAAUUAUUGUACAGGAGAUCUCCACACUGCUGUUAAACGCAAGAACUCUCAGCCUUGCUUUCCCGUGUCGAAAGCAAGUUUUCUUACUUCAUUAUUUGCUUUUCUUUCAGUUCUGAUAAGAUUAUGAAUACUUUCCAGGGCGCAUUAAUUUAAAAAAUAAAACAAGUUUGGCUGCACUGUC